GGCUUCAGCCGCGCGUGGGAAUAAAGACAAGACAUCAUUUUAUAUUCUAUAAAACAAGCUUGUCUAACACAAAAAGCUUGCAAAAAGCAAAGCCAUUUCAGGCCGGAUCUUUAUUUUAGUCCCUUCCAGUGUUGUCCAGGUGGUGAGUCGUUUCCCAGGGGGUGUGAAAGAGCUUCGUCCACGACACGAUGCGCUCACUUCUCCCACUCAGCUUGUAUUGCAUCAGCCUCCUGUGCCUCCAACUUGACGCGCUCCCGGUUGGGAACAGGUUGGAUUUCAAGGCAAUCUUACGUCAGCAGAGAGAAGGAAGAGCUGUCUUCCCAGACACUGAGCCAUCCUCUGAUGAUCCCAUUCUACUGGCUCCAUCUGGAUCUUUGGACAGAACCUCUUUAUGGAGAGCCCUACUCUAUAAAAACCCACUUCCAUCGUCUCAGGAGUCGAAGAGUGCUCUCAACCCUACUGGCAAUUUUGUUGAGUCAAACCAAAGAAACCCCAGAGGUCGCCGCAGCACCCACACUCGGGGUCAUCAUCACCAACACGGCCAGCUGAUGCGUGUCGGGUGCGUCCUGGGCACAUGCCAGAUACAGAAACUUAGCCAACGCCUCUACCAGAUGGUAGGCCAAGCCGGACGUGAAGACUCAGCUCCUAUAAACCCACAAAGUCCACAUAGUUAUGGAUGAUCUCCAAAGAGGCUACGGUCCAAACUGAAGCCCUAACUAAACAUACAGUCUCUAUUUUUGCCAAUAGUCUUAGAUUAGUCUGAAUUUUUUCCUCCCUAUUCUUCCCACAUGUGCUUUGCUCUUUCACAAGUGCCUUUUAGUUUUCAGAAGAAAGGACCUGAUGUUACUGAUAUCGAUGGCUAAAACAUUUUCUCUCCCUUCUUGUCACAAAACACAAGGACUUUUCCUUGACACUGGCCUCAAAUUGGAUCUCUUGGGUUCUUUAGAGAUAUUAUAACAUAGUAAUCCCUUUAAUCUCUUCUGCAUAAAUAAAUGCUGGAUCUUUGGAUUUCGUCCAUGAUGUGAACCGACAUCUCAUCAUCUACAAACACGAGGAUUUCACUUAAGGUUGUUAACAUCAGAUAUGGACUUGCGUGAUGGGAUUUUCUGUCAAUUUAAGGUGGUGCUGAACUUUUAGCUCUUCUUGAAAUCCUAAAAGCAACCAGUUUUCCCAUUGCACCUUGAGAGUAGUGAGUAGAAGAGAUCUUGAAGACCAUCAGCCCACCAUGUCAAGAACCUCACACCCUUUCUUGCUCUUUACAACCUCAGAAACAAAAUUUUAUUUGAUAAUUCCACCUCGUUUUGAUUCCAUUUUCUUGCGUAAAUCAUGGGCAGUUGGGUUUGGUCACUAAGAUAUUGUUUUUGCCUAACACACAAGGGACUGAAGUGGAUUAUCGCAGCUUUUUAUUAUUCUUGGAUUGAUAUUAGCUAACAAACACAUUCAUGGAUUGUGAAGUGACGAUAAAACCUCGAGCGCUAUUUAAUGAGCAGGUUAUAAUCCCUUUGGUUCUUUCCUACUAGAAACCUGCUGGGCUUAGCAUCAUAAACAAACAAUGGCUUUAACCCAAACAUUUCCUAGCAGGUGAUUAAAACACACACAUUUGGACAGACACAAAUCAAACUAACCCUCACUGAUGUCAUUCGAAAUUUACAAAGUUAAACAUUACAUAAUCCUUGGAUUUAAUUGCUCGUUAAAUGCAAUGACUAUAAAGACUGAAACAUAAUAAAAAAGUGGUAUUUGAGUCCCACGCACAGCCAGACAGAUAUCUUAAAACAAAGAAAACUCACAUUUUUAUUGUUGCACUAAUUACAAACACAAAUUUUGAGGCAAAAGUGCGCAAGAUCUGCAGUAACACAAAUGCUCCAGAAACGCUCGUUAUACGUAUUUUAAAUACACGUCCUUUUCUCGCAUAACGAUUGUGUCUCAACCCGUAACCGUAGCGCUCGUAGCCCAAAAUAACCGUCUGUGCCUUUCAGGAAUAAAUAGACCUGACCUAAAUUGGCCUAUUGUUUAAAUUCCUGUUUAAAAUAACUAAAGUAAAUCUCAAAAGCCAAAUGAAAAAUCAUACUAACGAAUUCAAUUCAAAUGGACCACGUUUGUGCAAUGUUAAAAGUUAUCACAACUUACUCAUUAAGUAUUCCUCUUCUGUCUGGUCGGCUUAUUAACUUAUACAUCAGCCGUUUAGAAUCACGUGUUUACAUUGCGUUCAUUUACGGUUCAAACUUAACAUUUGAACUUUAAAUGAUUUUUACAGCGAAUUUUAUCUUCGUCCUACGAUCAUUCCAAAAAGCCAGCGAUCUACUUAAAACCUGAUGAUACUUGACAUUUAUUUAAAUUUCUUGAUUUGCAUCACACUGUAUUUUACUGGGAUUUUUUUUAAAUCACCAAACUGCCUGUAAUAUUUAAGUAUAUAUUUUAAGUGGAAGGGCUGUAUGAUAAUUCUAGGGGCUUUGUGUAAUCUUGAAUGUGUGUUUUAAGGCUCUCUGAACCCAAACACUGCUCGCUCUGCUGUAAUCAAUCUUACUUCUGUUUCGUUAUCACUGAUCAUUAAAAUGCUUUCAAAAAUUCUGAGAACCUGGUGAAUCUAUAACUCUUUUUUUUUUUAAAAGAGCCAAAUCUGUGAGAAUGUUCUUCAAUCAGUUCAAACCUGUUUUUUUUUUUGUUUAUUUGUUUUACUUUUGUUUAUGUAUGUUGUGUUUAUUUAUUUAAUGUAGACAACUAGCUGUAAGAUGCCGUGAUAUGGAGGUUUGGGCAUAACAUCCGCGUCACUGCCUGACGUCGAUCAUUCCCCGUAGGCGUCUGAGUUUGUGUAAAAACAGCGUGCCUAUCAUAGCAGCGUAUUUUGAUGACCUUUGCCUUGAAUCUGCAGGACAUUUAAGGGAGGUUAUCCGUGAUGUCUGUUAGGUUCAGGCCACGAUCGCACUCUGAACUCGAAACUGUUUCAAUGUAUUAUGAUGAGGUCACUUGGUAUUUUAUCCAAAAAUAAAAUAUAAAACACAAAGCACUUUAUAGCUUUUAUAGCUAGUUUUCAUGUCUUAACUUGAACCUUGAUGAUGUAACUAAAUUAUGAAACUUGAUAUGUGUUAAGCAAAUUCUCUGUGUUAAGUAUGUGUGAACUUGGUGAAACGUCAGUCUCAUGUAUAUGUACACUUUGUGAAUAUUAUUAUUAUUAUUAUUAUUAUUAGUUCUACUAUUUAAGUCAUGUAUUUAUGCAUUUGUAUGUGAAAGCGUUAUUUAUCUUCGCAUAAGAAAAUGAGAGCGUCCAAGAAGAAAAGGCCUUCGUUUAGUUAAAGUGUUUUUUACUUUAUAAUGUUCUACAUUUUGUGUGAAAUAAAGCAUUUUGCUGUAAUAA